AUGUUUGUAGCCAGCGGGAUGCCAGAGGCAAGUUCAUCAAGCGAAAAACCGGAAGAAACGAUGCUCGGCAAAACAGUGUUGAUCACCGGUUCCACUUCGGGUAUAGGGCUCCAUGCCGCGAAGCGGUUCUAUUCUAUGGGCGCGUCGGUCGUCAUCACUUUCAGGGAUGCCGAGAAGGGCAAAGCGGCCGUUGAAGCCGUGCUGAGCUCAGCUACACCGGCCGAGGAACAGAGUCUCAUGAUGCUUGACUUGACCUCUGCUCCUUGCAAUCGGUGGACAGUUUUUGCCGAGAGGCGCUCAAUUCUCUACGCAAGCUUGACGUGCUCGUAUGCAACGCCGGGG